AUGUCAAAGUUUUUAUAAGAUUAAGAUAAUCAGACUGAAAGUGAUAGUGAUAAUUAAUUUAAAUAAUAAAAUUCCUUCAAUUCCAAGUUUUUCUAAAAACUUCAAUUUUAAAGCAGUGAUGAUGAUAAUCAAAUUAAUGAUGAUAAUAAUUUUAAACAAUAAAAUUCCAUCAAAACUGUAUUCUUAUAAAAUAAUCCAAAUUAAAGUGAUGAUGAAGGAUAGAAUCAUUAAAAAAUAAUUAAUAAUAUCUCUUAUCAUUCUAAAGAUAAGGAUAAUACCAAUGCAUAACAACUAGAUUAAACUGAUUUUUAAAAAGAAUAAAAUGUUAAAAGAAAAAAAAAAUAAAAAAAACAUCUAAAUGAUGAAAAAAAUUAAUAAAUAUAAUAAGAAUUAAUUAAAGAUAAUGCAAAAAAAACAAAAAAAUUAAAAGUUGCUGCUUAAUUAGCAUUAGAAAUGUAAGAACAAAAAAGAGCUAUUUAAUAAGAAGAGAGAAGACUCGAAUUAAUUUAAUAUGAAGAAGAGGAAUAAUUUUAAAAAGAAGAAUAAAUGCGUAUUGAUAAAUAGAAUUAAAAUAAAUCAGGUUUUUAUCAAAAUAUUUAAAUUAAAUGUGGCACUCUCAAAUAACAACAAAAAUAAUUUUAAGAAACUCUUAGAAAAUAAAAAUUAAUUGAGGAGUUGAUAAAAUAAGAAUAAUAAUAAUAAUAAUAAUAAUAAUAAUAAUAAUAAUAAUAAUAAUAAUAAUAAUAAUAAUAAUAAUAAUUAUAGUAUAAAAAAAAUAAAAAUAAUUAUUCAUAAAAAGAAUUUUAUGCUUGCUCUAUUUUAGGUGAUUUUGAAGCAGGAAAAACUACAAUAAUCAGAGGAUUAAUUAAUUUUAUGAAAAAAAUAGGCUUUUCUAUUGAAAAUUUUGGUUAUUCAUAUGUUUGUCAACCAACUUAAAAUAUUGAAAAGUUGUUUGUUUAAAUGCAAUCCUAUUAUCCUGUAGAUUAUUAAAACUAAAAAUUUAUAUUUUAUGAUCGACCUUAACAGUAUAAAAAUUUCCUAACUUAUCCAAAUUGUGAUAUAGCAAUAGUAAUUGUUGAUAUAAUACAAGGUUUAGAUUCAAAAAGUAUCAAAGAUAUUGAAUAUCUUAAAUUACGGUAGAUCCCUUUUAUUAUUGUUCUUAAUAAACUUGAUAGAUGCUUUGAAUAAAGAAACAUACAUUAAUUAGCAUAUCAAUAAUUAUAAAAUUAAACAAAAAAUUGUAAAAUUAUUUUUAAUGAACAUUUGAAAAAUUUAUUGAAGUAGUUAGCCAAAAAGAAUUUGAAGGCAGCUCUAUAUUGGGAAUUAGCAGAAUCUAAAACCCACAUACAAAUAGUACCUACUUCAGGAAAUUUUGGAAUAGGUUAUGAAGAUUUAUUAGCUACAAUUGUAAAAUAUCUUCCAAUUUAUCCGAUAUUGAACAAUUAGCCUGAAUAUUUAGUGUUAAAUAAUAAGGAUUAUGAAUAAAAUUAAUCAAUAAUAGAGUGUUUAAUAAUUAAUGGACAUAUAAAAAGAGGAGAUUAUGCAUUAAUUGCAGUAGAUGGAUAUCCAACUUCUAUAAGAGUAUAAAAUCUUUAAGAAAUAAAUAAAGAAAUUAAAAUGACUUAUUUUGAUAAAAAUUGGGUUUCAGUUAAUGAAGUUAAAACAAAGUAAGCAUUUGUAAGAAUAAUAACUGAAAAAUUAUAAUCAAUUUUUUAAGGUAGUUAAUUUAAAAUUGCUAAUUCAGAUGAGGCAGUUUAAGAAGCAUACGAGUAUAUUAAAAAUUAAUUUUUUAAAUCUUUGUCAAAUAUUGAACUUGAUAAUGAAGGAGUUGGUGCUUUUGCUUAAGAUUAAGCUUCACUUCUUAAAUUAGUGCAAUUUCUAUAAUAAAAUAAAAUUUAGAUUUGUUUUUCUAAUAUAGGAAUAGUUUCCAAAGAUCAAAUCUUAAAGUUUGUUAGAAAAUGUUAAAAAAAGUAAAAGCAGGCCAACCAAAAGUAAAAUAUUAUUUAAUAAUUAGAUAAGAAUGUAUUUUAGCUUUUGGAAUUAAUAUUUAAUUGGAUAUUAUAGAUUUUGCUAAAUAACAUUAAAUAUAAAUUAUUUCUGAUGAUAAUUGUUUUUCUUUGAUAGGAAAUUAUUAAAAAUAUAUCAAAAAUAUAUGUGAGUAUAAAAAGAAAUAGUUGAAAGAUUAAACAAUAUUUCCUUGUCUAUUAAAUGUAAAUAUAUAUAUUAAUAUAGUCUAGAUUGUAGAAUUAAUUUAAAUAUCAAAUCCUAUGAUAUUAAAGGUCGAGAUAGUAUAAGGAAUAUUAGUCAUUGGAACACCACUAAGUUAGUUUAGCAGAAAAAAAGCUAAUGUCUAAUAAAUAGGAGUAGUAAAGAGAAUAGAAUAAAAUUAAUAAGCUUUGAUAGAGGCCCGUAUCUAAAAUGGUUUAGUUACUAUAGUAGUUGAAGACAAUCCAGAUAUGAAUUAAUUUCAGUGUCAAUUUUUGAACAAACCAUAACUUGUAAGUAGGGUAUAUAUUCAAUUUAUUUAAAGAUUUCUAGAAAGGAGAUUGAUAUACUUAAAGAAUAUUAUAGAGAAGAAUUAACUUUUUAGGAUUGGUAACUUGUAAGGGAAUUAAAAUAAUAUUUUUCAAUUGUUUGA